UAUAUACACUAUAUUGCCAAAAGUAUUGGGACACCUCUCCAAAUCAUUGGAUUUAGGUGUUCCAAUCAUCUCCAUGGCCACACAGGUGUAUGCAGACUGCUUCUACAAACAUUUGUGAAAGAAUGAGUCACUUUCAGGAGCUCAGUAAAUUCAGGCGUGGUACCAUGAUAGGUUGCCACCUGUGCAAUAAGUCCAUUUGUGAAAUUUCCUUGCUACUAAAUAUUCCAACUGUUAGUGGUAUUAUAACAAAGAGGAAGCAACUGGGAACAACAGCAACUCAGCCACGAAGUGGUAGGCCAUUUAAAAUUACAGGACGGGGUCAGCGCAUGCUGAAUUAGCCAACUGUCUGCACAGUCAAUAACUAAAGACCUCCAAAUUUCAUGUGGCCUUCAGAUUGGUACAACAACAGUAUUUAGAGAGCUUUAGGGAAUAGGUUUUCAUGGCCGAGCAGCUGCAUCCAAGCUUUACAUCACCAAGUGCAAUGCAAAGCAUUUAAUGCACUGGUUUAAAGUACGCCACCACUGGA